AUGCUCGGCUGUUCCGGGGAAAGCACCCUGGAAGUUGAUGGUCAGGAGAAGGUGAGGACUUUCAUGACCACACACUUUGCUGUGCCGCUCGAUUUUCAGGAGUGCUUGCGCUUUGCGCCCUCCGAGCGCCCCGUGGGCAAAGACGUGUUGUCCCGACUGAAGCGCUUUCCAAAGCAAGUCCGGGUGAAGACGUUGAGAAUGCUGGCAGGCUUCCUGGGCUACCUGGGAGGUGCCGCAUUGCUGCAACUCGUGCUCACGAAAAAGGCUGCCCGUCGACUCGGCAGCCAGAUGCAAGGCAAAGCAAGGCACAGAAGCAGUCACACGGUGCAGCCGGGAGUGUGCACUCCCACAGCCAUGGAGUCAGACCAUGGCGAUGCAAGCUCAGACGACGACAUUCCCGCGAAGCAUUUUCGUUUCACGGAUGCGUUGACAGAAGUUCCGAAUGGUGAUGCUGAGGCGGCUGCAGCAUUGUUGCUGGGCAACAGACAGCUGACCUCUGUCGACAGCCUGGAGUCUUUCAAGAAUCUGAAGAAAGCAGAGCUGCAAGGGAACUCCCUAAGCUCCCUCGGCUUCCUGGAGAUGAAUCACAGUCUGUGUUGGCUUGGCGUCGCGAAGAACAAGCUGCGGAAAAUCUCCGGCCUCACGAACUUGUCCAGCUUGGCGGUCCUUGACAUCAGCGACAACAAAGUCACGAGGCUGGCUGGCCUGGAAGGUCUGCAGAGCCUCAAGGCACUCAUCGCCGCGCGAAAUCGCAUUGCCAUCCUGGGGGGGGGUCUGAGCCCAAAGCGGAAUCCUCUGCUGGAGACGUUGAUUCUCUCCUACAACCACAUUGAGCAGUGUGCACUGACAGGUUUCAAAAAUCUGAAGAAGGUCUCGCUGGCCCACAACCGGCUACAUUCUUUUCCGAGCCUUAAGAAGCUGCCGGCUUUGAGUGAACUGCGGCUGAACGGCAACAAGCUGCUCGCCAUCUCUCCCGUCGUAGCAUCGUUACCACACUUGGCUACGCUGGAUGUCGGCAACAAUCUUAUCAAGCAGAUAUCAGGUUUCGAAGCUUUGCAAGGACUUCUCUGGCUAACCAAUCUCAAUGUGCGAGGCAAUGUGUCAGAAGGAGACGACGUGCCCGACCAGCUCCAAAAGAUACUGGCCAGCCUGCCCCGGUUGGAGAUCCUGAACGGGAAACGUCAGUCGGGCAAGACCAAGAAGAAACGCAAGCACAACCAGAUUGCUCCGUCGCCUCCUCGAUGGUCAGAUGGCCCUGUCAAAGCUCCAAGGGGUGGACGUGGCUUCGCUUCGGCACGUGGAGCUGGGCGGGGGCGUGGGUCUGCUCGCAUGCCAGAUUCCGAUGCAGAGGAGCCAGAGCCUUUGCGUCGCGGACGCGGCGGCAAGGCAGGGAUCACUGGCAGCUCCAAUGGACCGCGACAAAAGAAGAAGCUACGCCCGAAAGCAGUGGAGGCGCAGGCGGAAAAGCCAAGUCGCCAGCGCGAUCGUGAUCCGUCCGCUCCCAUGCCAGCCAGAGUGAAGGACAGGUCAGCUCGCAAGAAGGUGAAAGUGAGGAAGACCGACCCGGACAUAGUGAAAAAAGGCAAGAAGAGUGUUCGCAAGAAGCGGCGGGCAAGGCCGACCGCUGCAUCCUGA